AAGAUGAAAUUUCUGUAAGAGUGGAAGCAGCCAGUGUGUAUGUGAUGUAGUCAGAAAAUGUUUGCUACCAACCAUGAGCAGGACGCCGAGAAGCAACAGCUACGAAGAUUACUGGAAAGAAUUCAAGGACAUCGCCAGCAGCACUGAUGGGGAAAAUGAAGAGGAGGAGACCAGUAAAACCCCUGAUGAAGGAGAAGAGGAGGCAGACUGGUUAAAAGAGGCAGGCUAUGAGUUUAUUGUUAGCCAUAUCACAGGUGGAAGAGAAUUGACAGAUGAAGAAAUCCAAGGUUUUACAGCAACCUUGACGACAAGUCAGGCCGCUGUCGUCCGACGUCGGGUGAACACACUUAGCAGCACCUUCAGAGCAAAACAGAAACACAAGACAGAUGUUAGAGACAUCUUCCCAGAACAGAUGGAUAACCAGUCCACCAAAUCUACCUCUCACACUAACACAGAAGGUACAGAUGACAUUAAUGUGUCUGCAGUCCCUAGGAGGAACACAGAUAAAAGGCUUCCCUCCCUGCACAAACUGAGGGGGGAGUACUCCAUGUCUGGUAGGAGGAAUGAGGUUCUCAAGGACAACAGUGUAUCUGAUGAGGAGGACUUUUUUGACCUGGGUCCUAUAAUAGGAAUUGAGAUGCUAAGCAUGCAACCUAAAGGUACUUUUAAUAAAUACAUGGGGCCAAGUUCUCCUGAGGGCCACGGGAGAUCUCUAACAUCAAUGCCGAGCAUUUCUGAUGAAGACAUUGAGUUUGAGCUGAGAUUGGAGGAAACUGCAAAAACCAAGAACACCAUGCAGUCAGCAGGAUUAGAAAGUGAGGAUGAAUUGCCGAAUUUUAGGAUUAUACCAGACAAAUUAGGCUUAACCAGAGUGAGUGACCUGAGUUUAACUGAUAUGAACCAGAUCAAGUCCUUGGCCCUCAUUGAGUUGACUGCACUUCUAGAAAGAAACAGUAUUAUGUACCAUAGACGGAAAGGCAAAAAGAAGGUUAAAGAUAAUGGUAUAUUUGGAGUCUCGUUACAAGCAUUGCUAGACCAUGAUCAAAAAAUACGACCAGAUCAAACAGUCCCUAUGGUUUUUGAAGAUAUGAUUAAAUUCAUGGAACAGCAUUGUUUGGAACAAGAAGGAAUUCUUAGGAUCCCUGGGUCUGCAGCUAGAGUCAAGCAACUUCGACAAGAUUUGGAGGAUAAAUUUUACUCAGGCACCUUCUCCUGGGUCGAUGUGCUUCCUCAUGAUGCAGCAGCUCUGAUGAAACAGUUUUUACGAGAACUUCCUAAUCCUCUCCUUACUCACGAGUACAUUGAUGCUUUUGCUCAAGUAGAAAAUAUUAAAGAGAAAAAGUUUCAAUUACAGGCAUUAAAUCUGUUAAUUCUCCUACUUCCACCUGUAAAUAGGAAUACAUUGAAGGUGUUACUAGACUUGCUGCUAAAAAUCACUCAAAGGAGACAAAAAAACCUAAUGGGACUGUCCAAUGUAUCCAUGAUCAUGGCACCUAAUUUAUUUUUGUCCCCGUCUAGUCGAUCCAAAACCAAAGCAAUCCGUGACCUAGAAAUCAGUAUGGCAGCAGGAACCUCCAACAUUGUCAUGAUGCUCAUCAAGUACCAGAAAAUUUUAUGGACAGUGCCUUCAUUUUUACUUCAUCAAAUGAGACAUCAGAAUGAUAUGGAGAUCCAAAAGAAAGCACGAGAAAAAUCUAUCAUGAAAUUCCUUACUAGGAAAGACAAGUCAGAUGUUUACAGGAAACCUGCAAUAGCAAAUGAAAGUGACUUUGAGGAUGGUGUUAUCAGGGUGCAGGCGCCCAGUCUUAAUAAGAGUUGUGCAGCAGUAAAACUCAGUGGAGAUACAACAGCAUGUGACAUCAUCGACAAGUUCCGCACGGCUAACUUCACCCAUAAUGGAAGGAACAAGAAACGAAAGGAUAAUACAGCUCAAGGAAUAGCUAACUUUGCAGAAACAGAUGCUCAUUUAUUUGAAGUCGGAGGAAACAUUGGUGAACGGUGUUUGGAUCCUCAGACCAAUAUGUUGGCAUUAUACCAGAUAAAUCCAAAUGCUGAGUGGGUCAUCCGAUCAGACCAAAAUGCUGGCAUUGUGCCAGAUAAAUCCUAACGUUGAAUGGGUCAUCCGAUCAGAGAAUGCAAACCUAGGAUUCAAGUAUGUACAAAUCUAGGGCAUCAGGUGCGAAAUGGACACUUAUUUUGUACAAUGGCUGGAAGAUGGUACAUCUAUAACUUAUCCACAAUCUGAUGAUCAAAUUGUCAAUCUACAAGUGGUCUUGUAGACCUGGUAUCGUAUAUACUAUGUAUGAAAUCCAACUUUAUUGUUCUCCUUAUGUUGUAUUGUAAAUUUUAUAUUAGCUUUAUAUCUUUUUCUUUCCAAGGUUGUGAUAUUUUUUGUCUCUGUUUCUCAGAUGUUAUUUUGUGGGUAUUCUACUUUGUACACUUGUAUUUUUAUCUGGUAUUUUUGCUUAAGGUGGAAGGAGGUGAUUAUUUGAAUGUGUAUGUCAGAAACUGUAUGAAAUAGUCCUCACUUUGAUAUUUGUUUGACUUUGUCUGUGCCAUUGUGUACUGAUUAAGUAACACUACAUGUAAUGAUUCAUAAUCUGUGAACUACAUGUACAGAUGCACUUCAUUUUGAGUACCCUAAAAUUUGUACACACAUGCAGUAGAAGAGUGUGAAAUUGCGAAAAUGACUGUGAAGAAGGUAGGAAAUAAUUGUAACCAUAUGGCUACAUGCAGUGUUGUACACAUAAUUCACAAUACCAUGCAAAAUGGAAUUGAAGAGGAAUUAAAUGAUUCCAAAACUAUGAUGUGGAGUUACAAGUAUAUAUGACUGGUAUUUCCAUAAUGCCAGUACAUGUAUUUCACUAACAAUCACAGUGCUGCUACACUGAGAAAUUUCGCCAAUUAAGAUCUUUUAUUAUCAACAUGGUGUUAAUGAAAACCAUCAGGUUUGGCCCCAUAUAUACAGUGCACACAUACAUCUACAAAGGUAUAGGUUUAGUACCGAACAGUUCAGAGUAAUACAUAUCAUUAUUUGUGAUGAGGCAUAAAACUAAGAAUGUGAUGAUUUUUUUUAAAAACUUUUUAAAGCAGGUGAUAUUAAGAAAUGCAUUCCAUAACACAGAACCUUCUAACACUUGUUUUUUUUUCUUCAUUUGAUUAUUGUUGAAUGACUGGUAUUUUUUUUUACCACAGGUGAAAAGGUGGCAUUUCUUUCAUCCUAUCUGUAGGUGCAAAUUUUUUGGUCAUGUUUAGGUUUUUUCCUCCAUUUUCAUGAUUUUAGGCAUGAUUCACUGUUCAGGAUGCCAUAUCGUGAAAAUUAAUUUUUACAUUUAUCUUGUGUAACAUUGAACUGAAAACAUAUUUCUUCCCCCCUUUUUGUGUUAAAUACUUUUUUCCUAUAAUCUAUUCUCUUACCAACACUUGAAGUACCAUUGAAACUGGACAUCAGCUUCUCUGAGCAAAUAUAUGCUUGGUAUCUAUUAACAUACCAGCACUAGAUUUUAGGAUUCAUACAAACAACAAGACUAAAGAAAAAUCAUAUUGACUUUUUGCCCAUUUGUGAAGAAUUGUAUAUAUAUGCAUCUUUUCUCAAGUUAUCAAUUCUUUUCCUCAGAAAUUUGGUCAGGAGUGCUAUUAAAAUAAAAUCUAGUCACAAUUUAAGUGCUCGAAAUGUCAAUCUUUGCCAUAAAGCUAUGCCAUAAAUAAUGUGCCAACACAUUUUGGAUUAGUUCCAUAGCAGUUUGCACAUAAUCCAGUAUAUGCUCAGCUGAAGUCAAAGACGAGAAAUUUAAGAGAUGGACAUUAAAUUUCUAUUUUAAAUAUAUUUAAUGAAAGAUUUUGUCCUUGUAAGAAUUUGUCUUACUUUUGUUUUUUUCUGCAACGUACCAGGUAUAAUAUGAAAGUUUAAAAGAAUUACUUUGAAAUAAAGAUAAUCAUUGAUGAUUGUAAUUUAACUGGAAGACAGCUUUCCACAUUAAAACUGAUUUAUAGCCAUUUCCAUCAUUUUCAACUCCUGCUCUCAGACAAUCAUGUUUUCACACAUUAAAGAUUUUAGUGUUUAUGAGCAAAAGGCAUACCUAUACAUGUCAAAAAUAUGUAUUUAAUUAUGGAGUUGAUAUAUUUAAUCAUUGGGAAAUGGUUUGUUUCAGAACAUGAUCUGAUGAAAUCCAUAUUAUACUUUUUUUUAUAUUUCUUUUGUUUCAUUAAUUGAGAUGCUCAAUUGUCACUUCUGAUGUUGAAAAAUGUAAUGUACAUUACUUUUAUGUUAACAAUAUAACAUAUAGGUUAUUUGUUGAUGAAAUAUGGAAUUGGGGAAGUGAUUUUUUUCAGGGAUGAAACUAUCUAAAGGUUAUUGAUAAUUUUAAUUCCUGUGUACUUGUCUUAAUUAAAUCUUUUUAUGUAGAAAACAUAUUUCAUAUGAAUGUAAUGGUAAUGGUUUGUAAUUGUUAUUGCAGGGCUGUAACUGGGUUUCUGGAAAGGGGACAGGGUUGGGUGGAGGUCUAGAGAGCUCUAGCUCUCUUCUUUAAGCCAUAAAAUUUUUUAAGUGAGUAAAUUUACCAUUAUUGUGAUUUCUGCCUCAUAUAUCUUUGUUCUUUGAACAAUUAAAAAAAUCCUAGCAGCAUCAGAUGACAAUGAACUUAUUUUAUUUCAAUAAUAAAAUUUUCGAGAUUUUUAAUGCAUCCUACCUUCUGACGACCUUUACAUGCAGACUUGUUACAUAGUUUUUCUAUUGUCAAGAAGUGUCUUAAUCAAUGCUAAGAAGCUUCAUCACUUGUGUUAACUGGAAUUUAGAUUGAUAAAGUUCAUUUAUUAUGAUAUUUUAUUCAUUAUUAAGUAUACUAAUAAAUGAUGGUGGAAUUAGAAUAGUACUACUUGUAUAUUUAACUUACACUCCAUUGGUGGGUCAUGCUUUCUACACAGGAGGUAACAAUAUAGAUAAUGUAACAAAUAUGGUUAUCAUCUGAUGUUCGUAGGUUAAUAACACUAAUUCAUUUCAUAAUAUGAAGCACAUUGUAAUGUAUUGUUAAAAGUUUGUUAUGUCAUAUAAACUAUUAAUUACAUGUUUAUUUUCCUGAAUAUUGUUAUUAAAUGUUCUCUAAAAAUAUU